AGCUUCGUCCAUCACAGGGGUCUUUGCAUGGCCUCAGCUACUUCUGCGGUGCCUCUGCACAUACGGCGUUCACGCGUCUGCUGAGUCGAAGCCCUGUGGUUUCAGGGAGGAACGUUUUUUCCUUUCCUUCCUCUUUCUGCUAAGGUCAUUAACCAGUAGGUGAAGCCAUACAAGAGGAGAAUCAUGCUUUUUAUUCCUCUGUUGCUUGGUUUUUGAUGGAGCUUAGGUUCUAAAAAUCACCAAGUUGACUCUGAUCUGGAAUUUUAUCAUUAAAACUGUUUCCUGACCUCUUAAAACACGCAACUAACUUCUACCUGACUGUUAACUGUUACGGACUCAGCUCUUAUCUCCUUUUAUGACGCCAAUAACCUCAAGCAUGUUUGGUCAUAGAGUCAACACUGGGCCACUAACCCACGCACCCCCCCCCACAAACAAACACACACGCAGAUGUGAGCCUCUCGUUACGGCUCGUUCUUCGACCCAACGAUGUCAUUUUGACUGAAACGUAUCUCUCAGCUCAUUGAAUCGGAGUCUAAAUUGCCACAUUCUGCCAAGAGACAGUGUCUUUCUUUGAGGGGUCUCCUCAGAAUUAAGUCUUUCAGUGAGUUCUUGAGAAUGAGUCUUUCUUUUGAGUGUGGUGAAACAAGAACAGGGGCUUUGAAUGGACGCGGCCUGGGGAUGCGGGCGGCGUUUGAACCGGACGCUCAGAAUGGAGGCUUUGUGCUUCGGGUCCAAAUAUACUGAGAUAAGGCAGACGAGGAGUCUGGGCUUUGUUGCUUUAGGUAAAUGAGCGCUGGGAGCUGCAUGUUUUAACACACGAUGACAUAAUGAACCCGUGGCUCUUCCUGGUUCUGACUGGACUCACGCUGCACAGUUGGUCGGUAGCUGUUCUUUUAGGGGGAGCAUAAAGGUGCUCGGGCCGUCAGGGAAGGUGGGGUCGAGCACCACAGUGCCGCUUUUGUCUACAGGGAAGGUAACCUGAGGUUGCAGGAGGAAGUCCUCAGUUACUCAGACUCAACCUGCAGGGUGUGGAGCACCUGCUCUCUCACUGAGCGAGGCCCAAUGCGCAGCCUGGGGGGAGGAGUACGCGGCAUGAGAGGGAGAUUCUGCCGGUGAGAGCGCUGCGAGAGCUGCAUGGAGGCGCGAGUGCCGUGGGAGCGCGGGGGCCGAGCCGUGGACAUGGGCAGAGAGGACGGGCCGGGGUCCGAGGAGCUGAGCCGGGCAGGACCGGGUUCUGAUGAGUUCAGCUGGUUUGUGACUGGAGACCCGGAGGAGCCGGGGGAGCAGGAAGAGAGGAGGACAGGAGGCCAUGUGGGGAGCCGGACCCGGGAGGAGGCGGAGGUGGAGGUGGAGGUGGAGGAAGGGUCCCACGGUGGAGGAGAGGAAGGGUCCCACGGUGGAGGAGAGGAAGGGUCCCACGGUGGAGAAGAAGAAGGGUCCCACGGUGGAGGAGAGGAAGGGUCCCACGUUGGAGGAGAGGAAGGGUCCCACGGUGGAGGAGAGGAAGGGAUGGAGGGAGCGCUGGAGGUGCGUUUGGGGCCCGUGGAGGAGGACGCGGGUCACGUGCGGAUCAGUCUGGAGGAGGUGCAGAGCUACUACAGGUUCUCCUGCUGCUGCCACUGGCUGCGUGAUGAAAUCAUGCAGCUGGAGAGCAGUCCCCUCCGCGCGGCUGACAUCAUCCCCGACCUCGACAAGCAGUUCGCCUUUCUCUCAGGAGGGAGAGGGGAUAAUGGCAGUCCCAUCGUCGUGUUCCCAGAAUUCCCUGCGUUUGGAGAACUCACUGAAAGGGAGUUUCACAACGUGCUGACCUACCUGACCAGCGUUCCCAGUUUGUCAUCCACAGACGUGGGCUUCAUCCUGGUCAUUGAUCGCCGGCAGGACCGAUGGGCAGCUGUUAAAGGGACUCUGCUUCGCAUCGCAGGCUCCUUCCCAGGGAACCUCCAGCUGGUUCUGGUCCUGAGGCCCGCCACCCUCCUGCAGCGCACCAUCUCCGACAUCUUCUUCAAGUUCAACAGGGAUGAGUUCAAGAUGAAGGUGCCGGUGAUUAUGCUGAGCUCCGUAACCGAGCUGCACACGUACAUCGAUCGCACCCAGCUGACGCAGGAACUCGGAGGAACGCAGGAGUACUGCCACGAGAAGUGGAUCUCACACCGCGUUGCCAUUGAAGGAUUCGCAGUGAUGGUGAAGAAGACGGCCCAGACGCUGCAGAUGUUUGGGACCGAGCUGGCGGAGACGGAGCUCCCAAAUGAAAUCCAGGCCACCACCAUCCUGCUGAGCACACACACCAGCAAAAAGGACAAAAUGAAGGAGGAUCUGCUGGUGGCUCUGGGUCAGGGCAACAGGCUGCUGGAGAGCAUCAACGAGCCUGUGGCCAGAGACCCCGACCACAACAUGAACCAGGAUGAACUGGAAAACCUGGCAACCGUGCAAAGGCUGCUGUCUCAGCUGGAUGAGACCGAGAGAGCCUUCGAUGAGUUCUGGGUGAGACACCAGACCAAGCUGGAGCAGUGUCUUCAGCUGCGCCACUUCGAGCACAACUACAGAGAAGUCAAAGCUCUGCUGGAUCAGGUGUCUGAGAAACUCGCUGGCUUCUCUGAUGUUGGCAUCAGUCGGGCCCACGCUGACCACAUCUUCUGUGAACUCACUGUCUACGAGGAGCGAGUCUGUGAGGCGCUGGAUCGAGCCUCGGCCUUGACUUGUGAGGGCGAUGAGCUCAUACAGAACUCACACUACGCCGAGGACUCCAUUCAGCCAAAAUGCAGCGAGCUCAGAACCAUCGGCGAGGCCGUGAGCGGCGACCUGCGGGCCAGGAAGGACCACCUCCUCAAAGCCACGGAGCUGCACCGCUGUCUGGAGCGGGCUUCUAAGUGGGUCGACGAUGGCAUAUACCUGCUGGCGUCUCAGCCAGUGGACAAGUGUCAGUCACACGAGGGGGCGGAGCUGGCCCUGCAGGAGCUGGAGCGGCACCUGGAGAGCGCGGGUCAGAACCAGCUGGGCGACCUCGGCGGCAUCUGGAGCGAAUACGAGGCCGUGCUGAACCAGCAGUUCAGGGACCAAGUGGAGAAGAUCUACCAGAAGCAGACGUCCAUGCAGGAGAUGUUUGAGAAGCGGAGGGUGAGCCUGAAGAAGCUAGCGGCCAAGCAGACCCGGCCGGUGCAGCCCGUGGCCCCCAGGCCCGAGGCCUUCAUCAAGUCGCCCCUCAGCUCGCCUGCGCACCGAGCCCAGCAGGAGAAGACCGAUCCAGACGCGGAGCUCAACUGUGAGAAGGGAAACGAAGGGCAGAACGGGGACGGCAGCAGCAGACACGCCUCCCUGUCGGAGGAGGAGGAGAACCUGGCGGUGCUCAGGAGGCACGUUAUGAACGAGCUGCUGGAGACGGAGAGGGCCUACGUGGAGGAGCUGCUCUGCGUGUUGCAGGGAUAUGCGGCGGAGAUGGACAACCCAGCCAUGUCUAACCUCAUCCCUGCCCCUCUGCAGAACAAAAAGGAGGUUCUGUUUGGCAACAUGCCUGAAAUCUACCACUUCCACAAGAGGACUUUUCUGAGGGAGCUGGAGCAGUACACCGACUACCCGGAGCUGGUCGGCAGGUGUUUUCUAGAGAGGAUGACAGACCUGCAGAUAUACGAGAAGUACUGCCACAACAAGCCGCGCUCUGAGAGCCUGUGGAGGCAGUGCUCAGACUGCGCCUUCUUCCAGGAGUGUCAGAAAAAGCUGGAGCACAAGCUGGGUUUGGAUUCGUACCUGUUGAAGCCCGUUCAGAGAAUUACCAAAUAUCAGCUGCUGCUGAAGGAAAUGCUGAAGUACAGUAAGGGCUGUGAGGGGGCCGCUGACCUGCAGGAGGCGCUGACCUCCAUAUUAGGCAUCCUGAAGGCCGUCAAUGACUCCAUGCAUCUGAUCGCCAUCACAGGAUACGAGGGUAACCUGAGCGAGCUGGGGAAGCUGCUGAUGCAGGGCUCCUUCAGCGUGUGGACCGAGCACAAGAAAGGUCACGCCAAGGUCAAAGACCUGGCGCGCUUCAAGCCCAUGCAGAGGCACCUCUUCCUCCACGAGAAGGCCCUGCUCUUCUGCAAGCGGAGGGAGGAGAACGGCGAGGGCUACGAGAAGGCGCCGUCGUACAGCUUCAAGCACUCCCUGAACAUGAGUGCUGUGGGCAUUACUGAGAAUGCAAAGGGAGACAACAAGAAGUUUGAGAUCUGGUGCAACUCCAGAGAGGAGGUUUAUAUUGUUCAGGCUCCAUCCGCUGAAGUGAAAACCACCUGGGUUAACGAGAUCAGGAAGGUUCUGACGACUCAGCUGGAGGCGUGCAGAGAGGCGAGCCAGCAGAGGGCGCCAGACCAGGUUGUCCCGAUGCCUCCUGCGGUCAGCGGCCCAGCGGGUCUCAGCCCUUUCAAGUCCAGUCAGAAGAGCAUUAAAAAAGGAGAGGAGAAGAAAACGGACUCCUACUGCCCUGAUGUCAACUCUUCUUCUUCUUCUUCACCAAAGCGGACAGGAAAAGAUGAGACUGUGACAAGUCCUACCUCAGACAGAGCCGCUGUGGUUAAGAAGCGCUUUACAUUACAGGGCUUCAGUAACCUCAAAGCUCAGAAAGAGCCCUCAGCUAUCGAUGAUAAACGCUUUACAUUACCCAUGACAAGCCUCCCGGUACCAGGAUCCCCAACGAGCCCUGAUCACAAGACGAAACGCCAGAGUGACCCCACGCCGUUCGGCUUCAAAGACGCAGGUCCUCCUCCGCUCCACCUGAGCAGGGCCAGGUGGUUCAGCACCUCUAGUCUCUUACAGACAAAGUUGCGAGGAUGGAACAAGACCUCUCUGUCGCUGGAUGCCUCCGAGGAACACGACGGCUACUCCAGCGCCGAGGAUCCGCUUAACUCCGACCCGGAGGACGACAACGCCAAGAAGCUGUGCCCUGGAAAGUACACAGUGUUGGCCGACUGUGUGAAGGGAGUUGCUCAGGAGCUGCUGAAGAGUGGAGACGUGGUGCAGCUGGUCAAGGAGGGCGACGAUGGCCAGUGGUUUGUCCGUAACCUCAGCACCUCCAACGAGGGCUGGAUUCCUGCUGCUAAUCUUAUCACACUCAUCGCAAAGUCCUCCUCCUGCCAGUCUCUCACCAGCUCAGAGGGAAGCGCCUCUGGAAACCUCAGCACGUCGUCCAGCUGUAGCGAGACCUACACCCCCUUCUCCGACAUCAAACCGUGAACUUCAGCACUUUGUCCAUCGCUCCAAACAUCAGAAAACUGGAUUUAUCAUUGUUUCUAUUACGCACAUGUUAUAGAUUUUAUUUGACUGUGGCUGUUUUUAAUCAGGGUGCAUGUGCUCCUAAAGUAAAGAUGUAUGAAUGGGCCAGCGGGACUGAUCUCACUUAAUGCAUCUACCUGUCUUCCCAUGAGAAAUGGGCUUAGUGAUCACUGUGUGGAUAAGUGUUGUCUUUGUCUUCAUCUGCACUAUUUCAUCGAGGACUUUAUUUCCACUGUUACUGUAACUAAAAACCUGUUUCAGGCCUGAACAAAUGAUUUCUGAUUAUGAACACCACAUAUAUUUAUUGACUGCAUCUACACUUGUCAUUUGUCUCUCUGUUGUCCGCCUGUUGUUACAACUACUGUGUGUGCGCUUUCGUCUCAUCGGGUCUCUGAUGACCUCGUUGUCUUACUUUUCAACUAUGCUACAUUUACUACACACAAGAACGAUCAAUGUGAAUAAUCAGAGACCACUGUAUAGUGCUAACUUAUUCCCUGAGGAGGGAGGAUGUUCUGAAUGUAGAUACUGUUCAGUUAUAUCAGUCUGUCAUGACAUGUUUGUUAUUGGAGAUGAUAUAUUGUACAUGAAGUAUGGUGAUGUCACUACUUUGUGACCUGUCUAAUUUUUUACAUAAAUAACUUGUGAUAAUUCA